AAAAAUCAGUUGGUGAUUCACAGCAGUGCGAGUCGGUAGUGCCUCUUUGCGCGUCGUCCGAAGGUGUGUGGAUAUUAUCUCUGUGUGUGGAAAUUCCAGAAAAUAAAAUAUCCAAUCUCGUUGGACGUUCUGUGAGUGGUGAAAGUGUUGUGCAUCAAAUGGAGUACUCAAAAGUGCAAUUAUUGUGGAUUUAGCCAAGUUUUGGAGUAGCCUUGCAGAGAAGAAAUAUCUCGAAAAACAGAACAAUCCGUGCGUGGAAGAGUGAUUUGCUUGCGCGAUGGAGAAGGAAAAGGUAGCUGUAGUGGUAGUUUUAGCACUUGUCCUCCUCCAGUGGUGUCCUGUGGCGCCUCAGACCCUCGUAAAGGAUUCCCUUUCAGUGCCGUGUCCAUAUUUUGACACCAUCAACAUUACGGGUGGUGUAUAUGAUGCUAAUGGGAAUAUACUCUUCGAUGGCAUCUUGUAUCAACCAGAUCAGUAUGGAACGUAUGACUAUGAGAUGGUUAAUCGGACUUUAAAAUUCCCCGUUGAAUCUCAUAUCCGGGGAUGUAUUUGCAACAUUAAGGGGAAUUGUGUGAAAUACUGCUGCCCAAGGGGUUACAUCUACAGCCAUGGGGAGUGCAGUAGGUACAAUGGGAGCAAACCCAUUCUACUUCCAAUCCACGAAGAGGAUGGAAAUGUAACGAAUGAAGUGAAUAUUGAGGAAAGAUUUGGGAUUGUGUAUGGGAAACCGUGUGGUGCAAUGUACGAUCUCGAUCCAGAUGCAUAUCCUGAGGAGGCGUAUGAAAUUCACUACAAUGGACACCUAAAAGUAGAUAAAGAUUCGCCAAAGGACAAAAAUGAGUACUGCAUAGCACUCAUGAAUACGCAAAAUAGUACCGUGGAGAAUCCAAUUUUGACUACGAAGGUCUUUGUCUGCUUUCCCGAUCAAGACAGCGCAAAGUUCGUCAUUUAUCCAAUUGGAAUGCUUCUAUCGGUUCCAUUUCUCGUGGUGACGUUCCUUGUUUACGCCAUCAUACCGGAAUUGCGAAAUCUCCAUGGGAAGUGCCUCAUGUGCUAUGUUCUAAGUCUAACCAUUGGAUACACGUUGCUCUCUCUGAUCCAUCUGGCAGUGGUUAAGGAUGGAUUCCCUUGUACCUUUGUGGGAUUCACUGCGUAUUUCUCAUUCCUCAUUUCCUUCUUCUGGCUCAAUGUUAUGUGCAUUGAUAUUUGGUGGACAUUCAGAGGUGUUCGAGGUAUCCAAAGGGAUGCUGAUAGGAAAAAGUUUAUUAUUUACUCCGUCUAUGCGUGGGGAUGCGCCAUCGUUAUCCUAUCGAUUGCACUUACAUUGCAAUUUACUGAUGCUAUCCCGAAUGAUUUGAGGCCAGGAAUAGGUGCUGAAACUUGUUUUCUCAAAAGCACAAAGCUGACAGAGUUCUUCUAUCUCUACUUUCCUGUUAUUAUUUUAAUAUCAAUCAAUUUGAUUCUCUUCGCACUGACGUCCAUCCAAAUAAGAAAGCUACAGAAGGAAACAGCGGCAAUGAAUAAAGGUGAUAGUAGGAGAUUCAAUAAAAUGGAAGCCGACAGAGAUAGAUUUGGUCUCUAUCUCCGCUUGUUCAUCGUGAUGGGCGUCACGUGGACAAUGGAAGUGAUCUCGUGGCUGAUUGAUCCAAAAAGUUGGAUUUUCUACAUUACAGAUGUCUGCAAUUGCCUUCAAGGAUUCUUCAUUUUCAUGCUUUUCGUGUGGAAGCCCAAAAUUAAGAAACUCAUCAUUAAAAGAAUCCUCAAUAGAAAAAUGAAAAGAUCCCCAUCGGAAAUGAGUCAAGGGACAAUGAAAAGUCAUGCGUUAUUUCGCGAUGAUACAGGUCUUAUCGGGGUCUCCCGGUGUCCAGUAAAACAUCCCGAUCGAGUACCAGGACGAGCACAUCUCAUGUUUCAAUGGCUGCCACAUCAUCCAACAAUCGAUAUGGUAUGAGUACGAAGUCGAAUAAUAAUUCAGUGUCGGAGAAGUCUCACUUCAUGACAGAAAUUGGAGACUGAGCGCUUCCCAUUGAGGGCAGUUUGAAGCAAAAAAAAAGAAUUCUGGGACAGGAUACUCCAAAAAAAACUAAGAGGCCAUCACUUUGUCUAUAAAUAUUAAGUUCUUUAUGCCAAAAAGUUAAAAACCAUCGUUUUAAUAAUUAUUUUUAAUGCAAAUUUCCAGAGAUUGAGGCAGAAAUUAAGCAAAGAAGCGUAAUUUUUUCUAGAAUUUUAUUUUUAUUGUAAUUUUUAUUCGCUCAAUGUGCUUCUUUUUGGAUCAAAUAUGAUUGAUGAUAUUACUGUGAGAAAUAAAAAGAAAGUAACUCCGGGUGGUGAAGGAAAAAGGAAUUUAUUCAAUUUGCACUAUAAUAAAAAGAAAAAUUCUUAUUAGUGUUGCAAUUAAAAGGUACCAUUUGGAUGUAAUUGAUGGAAGUUGUGUUACCAAUUGAGGGCAAAUGAGAGAUUAAAUGUUAAGGGUGUUAAAGUGCUAAAAAGGAUAUUUAAAUGAUGCAAAAAGUUUAUUUAACGGAAUUUUAUGUAAAGAAUAAAGUAUUUCAUUUUUUUUUACACAAAGGCUACAAUUUUAUAUUUUUUGUUUAGUUAUUAAAAAUCAUCCACUUGGAGCAUCACUGUAUUUGUUAAAAUAAAUAUCAAUUUGUAUAAAGAAGAAUAUUAAAAAUUUUCAACUAUCUUUUUUUACCAAAGUUCAAUGCUCUAAAAGGUGUCAAUAAAAUCUUUUUUAAUUAAGAGUCGAUUCUGUCGAAAAUCUUUUUUUUUAUUACAACUUAAAGUUGUAAGAUUUUGACAGUUGAUAUUUUUUAAUCGUUCUAUCCAUUAAAUGAAAAUUAAUUGUUUCAGAAAACAGCCAGAAAGAUCUUUAAAGAUCCCUGAAAGUAAUUUUCUCUUAAAAACACUAUUAAAGAAAAAUAUUCUGUUACAUUUUAAAAGAUCUUUCAGAGAAUAAAAUCUUAUAACUGAAGAAUUGUAAGAAAAAAAAUCUUUUUAACUGAAUCGACCCCAAAAUUUCCUUCCCGCCCACAACAAUCAAUGAAAUGACUUAAUUUAUCUUUGCUGUAUAAAGAAAAUUCUCUGGACUAUACGUAGUUAGGGUCUGUUAAAAUUGCUGAUAAUUCUAUGUAAUUGUUAAUAAUGUAAGAUUUAAUAUUAAUAUACAAUUUGUGUCGCUUUAAGAAUGAAUUUGAUGUGUUUUUGAUUGAUUUCUUUUUCAUAGUAAGACAUCGAUUUAUUUAUUAGGCUUGAUUCUGUUGAAAAUCUUUUCUUUUCUUACACUUAAAGAUUUUAACAGUUUGUUUUUGAAAAGAAAAUUUUCUAGAAUUUUCAUUAACUUUUUCUUGUUUUUAAAGCACGCAAAUUAAACAAUUCAGGAAAACCAACCGUCGAAAUGUAGUUGUGAGUAAAAGAAAAGAUUUUGGACAGAAUUGUUUCCCCGUUUUACUUCUUUUAUUCAUAGUCAUAGUUAUUUAUAGUCUUUUAUUUUAAGAGACAUGAAUUAGGCUGAUUUUUUUUGCUAAAGAAAAAAAUCAAAAUCAUCAGAAUAAAUGCAAAUUUUAAGUCAAAACAUGGGAAUAGAUACCUAAUCUAAAAUUCAGACAUUUUUGAACUUUUUGAUCAUUUAUUAAAAAUGUAUUUUUCUGUUAAAAAUUUUGGAUAAUUUUCAAUAUAAAAUAAUAAGAUUCUAACUGAUUUUAUUCAAGAUGUUUAAGAGAAAUAAAAGAAGAAAAACUUUGCUUUAAGAUAUUACUAAAUAUUUUUUAAUUUUAAAAUUUAAAGACUGAAUUUUUGCGUUCUCUUAAAAAUUCAAUUUUAUAAUUUUAAUUUUCACUCUAAUCUACCAAAUAUUUGUAUAGAGCGAUAUUCUUUCAAGAAGGAAAAUUCUUAUUUGAAAAUAAAUUAAGUGCAAAUAAAUAAGAUUUAGAACAAAAAUUAAUAAAUUGUGUGUUACAAUAUUUUGUCUAUUAUGUGCUUAUUCUUCUAUAUACAAAAUAUAAAGAAGUUUUGCUUUAA